ACGUAUUUAUGCAGUCGCACACAUUUGUUCGAAAGACGUCGUUAAGUUAAGAAGUUGUUCGAAAACUAACAGCUCCAUUACGAAAAUCAAAAAUAAAUAAAAUUUGAAUUUAAAAAAAAGUAAAAAGCACACGCAUACAACUCGUUGAAAAAAACGCACACAAAACAAAAUUCGGGAGACGUGAUCUUAAAAAUACUAAAAUAUACAAAAACUACAAUAAUAAAUAAAUAAAAUCAAAAAAAGAGUAAAAAAAAACUUUUGUUCAACAUUUUUUCGGUACGAAUUAACGUGUGUUUAAUAAAAUUGCUGCUUUUUCGUAUAUCCCGCGCCGCAAACAGUUCAAAUUUACUAUACUUCACUACGAUCAUCUAAAAAAAGGUGUGAGUGUUGAAAAAUUACAUAAAAAAACCUUUAACACUAUUUGACCAUGACGACGGUAAGAUGGAAAAUUUUAUUUCCACUAGCGGCAUUGGUCAUUCUAAGUAGUGUGGAAAUUUCGCGGGCCAAUCGUAAAAAUGUCAGUUACUAUUUACCAAUAAACACAACUCUCCUCAAUCAUUAUAACAUAGUGAAUAAUGAAAAUGAUACUUUAAGAAAUGACCAAGAGAUGGUAGAGAAUGCUAUAGAAGAGGAAGAAGAUGGAGUGGAUUAUAAUUUAAUAUCACCCUCUUAUGAGACGCAUCUAGUCAAAUCCUCUAUUAUUUAUGGUUUAGCUAAAAGUGUCAAUGCCAGCAGUGUCAAUCAACAAUGUUAUAGACAUUUGAGAAAUAUUCAGAAGGGCAUAUUGAGAAAGGAACCAUGGGCCAUGAAAGCUUUGGAUGCUUCGGGCUCUAAACCGGCCGGUUUUGUUUUUGGUCAAAAUUUCUGGUUUGGCAGUCAAGAAGCCUGUGGUGCUGUGCGCCGUCCGGUGGGCAUAACUUUAUCUGAGAACUUUCCACGUGUUAUGAAAUUGGGUAUUAUCAAGGAAAUUGCUCCCUUCGAUAUGGACUAUCGUGUGGUGUAUUUGCGUCAUAAUUCGCCUUGGCAAGUUGAGAUCAAAUUAAUGUCUGAACAAAUCAUUCACGUUGGCCUAUGUUUACCCUCAUCUUGUGUUUCGCAUGAAAUUCAACAACUUAUGGGAGAUUAUGUUAAAGAAGGUCUUUUUGUGGAGAAUGAUAUAUAUGACAUACAACCUGAAGUGCUUUACAUGAAAGAUUUAAAAAUAUCGGAAAACUUUUUCGAAAGAGAAAGUUUUAAACUGAUCAGUGUAUUUAUAGCAUUUAUUUUGGCCAUGAUUUUAAUUGCUUCACAUCUGAGAGUCAAACCUAAGGAAGUUGAGCCAAAAUUGAAUGAUAUACCUCCUCUAGCUGAAACAGAUGCCUCUACGAAUGACAAUAUAGCAGAUAUUAAUUUGGCUAAUUAUCCCAAAUUACGUAACUUUAUCAUGUGUUUUGACAUCCAGGAGAACUGUGCAAAAAUCUUUUCCACGAAGGAUUCUAAACCUAGUGAAAUACCCGUCAUUAACGGUUUGCGUUCUGUAUGUGCUCUAUGGAUUUUGGUGUUUCAUGUGGUGUGGUACAUGUAUUUCACUGUAAAUAAUAAAACUUUUUUGAUCUCGUAUGCUGAAAAGGUGUUCUUUCAAUAUGUCAGUUCAGCUCCUGUCUUGGUGGAUGUAUUCUUUACUGUGAGUGGUUUCUUACAAACUUAUAAUUUUCUAAGGAAUUCGGAGAAAAUGGAAAUGAUACGCAAAAAUUCGUUUGUCCAAAAUACCAAACAAUUCUUUAAAAUGUUUUUCCAUCGUUAUUUGAGACUUGGUCCCCUUUAUCUUGUGGUAAUGGCUGUGGUGGAUCUGCUAUUUGUCUACAUUAGCAAAGUGUCAGUUUAUCACAUCAACGAAAGAUUUGAUGAAAACUGUGCCAAUUAUUGGUGGCGUAAUAUUUUAUUUAUUCAAAAUUUAUUUGAUCACAAAGAUAUGUGUCUCAACUGGACCUGGUCGUUGGCAUGUGAAAUGCAGUACUUUGUAAUUGCCACCAUUUUGUUAUUUACCUAUGCCAAACAUCCCAAAUUGGCCAAGACUUUAACUAUUGGCUGCUUUAUUGCCAACAUGGUAUGGUCAUUCCGCAUUGGCUUAAAUAUCAAUUUCCAAUUAUCAUUCGAUACCUUUUUUGCCACCGGCACUGAAAUUUACAUUAGUCCAUUUGUGCGUGUAUUGCCCUAUAUAAUGGGAGCUGUAGCUGGUUGGUAUUUCUUAGAGCAUAAGAAGCGAGAAUUCGAUUUAAGUGAAUUUCAAGAGAAAUGCUUAUGGAAUUUAUCAUUGUUGACAUUCUUUAUUUGCAUUUAUUCGACCGUUAAACGUGACAUGUCCUAUAUAAUGGCCAUAUCCUUGUUUGUUUUGGGUCGUUUGCUGUUUUCGUUAAGUAUUUGUUGGAUGAUUAUUGGCAGUGCUACUGGACGCGGUACCUGUUGGUCUAGAUUUUUGGAAGCCAAACCGUUUCAACAUUUGAAUAGACUUUCAUAUGGAAUUUAUUUAUUAAAUCCAUUUGUGAUUGCGCUAUUUUUCGGUUUAACCAGUGUCAGUACCCAUGCUGAUCCAUUUAUGUUGUGCGUUCUCUGCUCGGGAUUCUCCGUCAUCACCUACUUAGCCUCUAUUGUCUUCUCUUUGGCUUUUGAGAUACCCUUCUGCAACUGGUCUUCACUGAUAUUGAGACGCACGAGUCCCAAAGUCAAAAAUGCCUAAUAAAGAUGCUUUUUCUUUUAAUAUAAUUUUUAAGUUUUGGAAUAAUUACAUUUAUAAAUUCUAUUUUAUACUUUUGAAGUGCACCCCAAUGCACUCUGUUUUAUAUGCAUAUUGUGAUCAUUAAUCCAUUCAAUCUCUAACGAGUAUCUUACAUAUAUAAAUUGUGUAAUUUUAUAAUAAUAAUAAUUUUAUUUGUAACUAUUUUAUUCAUUUUAGUUUCCUAAGUCAUUAAUAUUAAGUUUAUCUAUAUAUUUCCCUUCUAAAGGAAACAAAAAAACCCCGAUAAUUUAAUUUAACCCAUUUUGUGAAUAAUUGUAUAUAGAAAAAAUUAAUAUAUUUGCCCAGGGAUUAUAACCAUUGUAUAUUAGUUAGAAUUAAAUUCAAUGCGUAGAAACAUUUAAUAAAAAACAUACAUAUUUUUCAUGUCAUAUUAUA